UUCAAUUCUCUUCAUAUACCUGAAUACCCUCAACUAUAUAUACAUCUCUUCACCUUAAAUUCUCUCGUCAUCCCACAGAAACACAAUUUUUUCACUCUCCUCUAAUCCCGACUUCAUCGGUGAUUACCGCUUUGUUUUUUUUGUUAAACAAUAUUUAUUUUGAACUCAAAAACUUGUUUAAUUUUGAAACAAACAUAAUACAUAUACUAUAUACAAACACUUUCUAAAAACUUGGAGGCCCUAAGUUUUUGGUAGCUCUAGGCCCGUGGCUAGAUUGCCAAGCCUAUGGAUCCGCCUCCGUUUUCACCUUUAGAAGCAGAGUUUUAUUUAGACCCAGAUGAUCCUUUAGAUGCACAUCGUUCGGUUGCAGGUCCUUUAGACGCAGAGUAUUCUUUAGCCACAAAGCUUAAUCCGUUACGAAUUCCACUUGAAGAUAUACUACAAGCUACCAAUGAUUUUUCUAAAGAAAAUCUCUUAAGACAAGAUGAAAAGAUAGCUAUUUACAAAGGAUGGCUGUGGUGGCGGGAAGUAGAUGUUGUAAUCAGGAAGUAUACUAGAUACCCAUCUGAGUUCUUUCGAAAGAUUGAGGGAAUUUCUCGUCUCAAGCAUAGAAAUGUAGCAUCAUUGAUUGGUUUUUGUAUUGAGGAAAAUGUUCUGAUGGUAGUUAUGGAGCGUGCAGUUAAUGGAAGUCUGGCCAAAUAUAUAAAUGAUCAAGCAACCCUCACAUGGUCUCAAAGAUUGAAUAUAUGUUUUGGUGCUGCACUUGCGUUGACAUUCAGGCAACAUAGUAGCAGACAUUUUUAUAUAAACAUGGGAGACUUUGAAAUAAUGUUAGAUAAAGAUUGGGAAGCCAAGGUACUAUUUUGUAUAGAAUCAGAGUCGAAAAACUCUGAUCUGUACUCUUUGGGCGUAAUAUUGUUGGAAAUGCUUUAUGGGAGGAAAGCAACGAUCGAAGAUGUUAAUCAAUAUUGUUAUGAAGAGGUGGAUGAUAUGAUUGAUCCCCAUCUAAGGACACAAAUGCACCCACACUCACUGUCCAUCUUCUCAAGAACAACCUAUGACUGCCUCAAAAGCAAGAAAAGAUCCGAUAUCUCACCGAUUGCGGAAACACUUAAGGAAGCUUUUGAUAUUCAAUGGAAACAUGAAAAUCGUUUUUCGGAGCACGAAUUCGGUUUUUCGAUCAAGGCAUUACCUGAAAAGAGGAAGUUUUUGGAAGCAGUGAUGAAAGCAGGGCCUUUGUUACAAAACCUGUUACUGGCUGGACCGUUACCACAUUGGUGCCACCCUCCGCCGCCUCUAGAUGCUUACCGGAUUCCGCCGCCACCGGUGGUGCACCAACUAUGCUACCGGUUAACUGUUUGGUUGGGAAAUUUAGCAGGAAAAGUGGUUUUCCUGAAGGCUGUGAUUCUUAUAUUGAUAGUAGAUAUAGAUGUUGGAGAGUGGUGGCUAGAGGUGGUGGUUGGUGAUUAAUGGUGGCGGUGGAGGAGAUGCAGGGAGAAAGAAAGAGGGAGAGAGAGAAAGCUAGAGAGAGAAGCAGAGAUAUGGUUGUGGUUUAUUUAUUUUUGUUUUAUAUAUAUAUUCUAUUAAUUCUGCAUAUUUAUUUUUGUUUUAUUUGUUAGCUUUUUUAAAUAAACCGGUAAAAAGACUAAAUUACCCUUGUGUGAAAUAAUUUAAAAGAAAAAAAUAACUAGGUUAGGGUUAAAGGACAUACAGUGCAAGAUUUUGAAACAAUAAGUACAAAACCCGUCAAUUUUAAACAUAAAGGACACUGCCUGCAAAUGAGUAUAAAGAUAAAGGACAAUACUUGCAAUUUACUCUAAAUAAUAUUAUAAAUGAGAAGGAGAUUAAACUAAAUAAUAAUUAUAAUUAUCCACAAGAUAUUAAACUAAUAAUAUUUAGUAGAAGAGUCAUUUAUAAUAUAAGAUAUUAAACUAAAUAAUAUUAAACUAAAAUAAUAAUUAUCUAUAAGAGAUGACCUAAUAUGAUGACAAGUGUCCCAAAAGUGAUUUCUUUUAUUAUAUAGUAUAGAUUUUAUUCUUAGGAUCUAAAAAAAACUAACUGUCUAAAUAACACUAGUGGAAUAAUUAUUAGUCGAGUAAUUAUGAUUAUUCACAAAUAAUUACUCUACUAGAAUAAAUACAUGAAAUUUUUGUUACAUUUUGCAACUAAACAAGCUUAAGUAGAUGAAAAAAAAAAUUUUAAAAAAGAAAAAGUAUCCUCCUUCACUUCUCAUGUUUAGACCAUUUUGUAUAUUAACACUCAUUUAUAUUUGAUUCUUACACUUUCUAUAUAUAUUUAAGAAAUGAUUGAAACUUAUCUAUAGGCAAAGGAUCAUGUACAAAUGUACCAAAAUGAUAAUUCGUAAAAAAUGUGUAGGAGAAAGUUUUGACCAUUAAUAAAGAAAUUCAAUGGUUGAGACUACAUGGUAUGUAAAAUUUAUGUGACUAAAAACAAGGGAAAUAAGUUUGAAAAGGAAAAAAUAUGAACAUCCAAUAUUGGUGACUCAUAAACCCAUUUUCAACACGAAUUUCAAACAACUAUAACUUUCCCAUACGAUAAUAUUUUUUUAAAAACAUUUCAUAUUAACGAGCAUUUCACCCUCUUUAACUUAAGUAGGCUAUUACUAUAGAUUUCUUAAUUUUAAAAUUUUGUUUUACAAGCUAUAACGUUACGUGAUUUUGUAACGCUACAUCAUCAUGUUACAGUAAUAUGCUUUUUAUUCUUGAAACAAGUUGAUAUAGCGUGUGAACUGUAACGAAGGAUUGAUCGCGUUGAUUCUUAGAAUACCCGCAAUAAUCUUCCCAAACCCCCAAAUUCGACUCACAGGGCAGAGAAUUUGAAAUGAUAAGAUGGUUUACUGCAAAACUGAUAAGUGACCAUCCAGAUUACAUGAGAAGGACAUAAAUAAGAACAAAAAUUCGAAACGGGCCAUAAAAAGGCCAUGGAAAUAGAAGCCAAAAAACAAAAGGCAUAAAACAUGAAGAAAAACAUAAACGUGCUCGUAACUCCCAAUAGAAUGCGUUUUUUGAACUCAAACUUCAUGACGUGUUCCUCGUUUAAAGGUUCGAUUUGAGUAGUAGAACGCUUAAAACGGAGACUCAUAGCCAAAGUUAUGGUCAUUUUCGUGUAUCACCCUUGGUAGCUCGAUUAUAGGCUGCCAGAAUACCAUGGCUUAAUCUUCCACACUUGAGUCCGCAUCAUAAGUGUAACGCUACGUGACUAUGUAUUAGUACGUAAUUAUAUAACAAUAGUUGACUAUAUAUUAUUAUGUGAUUACGUGAUUUUGCAUACCCAUUACGUGAUUACUUAAUUUCAUUACAAUAUUUAGUAUUUAUGUGAAAACUAAGUGAUUACGCAAUUACGUACCAACCAUAAUUGUAAUAAAAAUCAAAAUAGAUAAAUACAUAAUAUUUCACGGAAUACCUAAUAUUUCAGGUUUAAUCACGUAUUAAAUAUAAAUGUAAUUAAAACAUUAACCAAUCAACCUAUAAUAACCACGUAAUGCUAUAUAUUACAGAUUAAAAUCACAUAAUAAGCCGUAAACAAUUAAGUUCUCGUUAUUAAAUGUGUAAAGACGUAAUAAACUAACUGUAAUAACAUCAGUUAUAACAAAUCAAAUUAAUUGUAUAAUCACGUAAUGAUUUAUAUUGAAUGUGUAAUCUCGUAUCAUUUAAAAAAAAAUAAAUUAAGAAAACUACAGCAAUAGCCUAUUCAAAUUAAAGAAAAUCAAAUGCUCGUUAAUACAAUGUAUUUUUUUAGAGUAUUAUCAUAUGAAAAAAGUUUAAGUCUUUUCAAAAUCGUGCAAGAAAUGAAUUUAUAAGUCAACAAUAUUAGAUUUUCCUAAAAUACUCUUGUCUUUGAAUAUUUCCUACAUUUCGUGUGAAUCGACUCUUUUGUACAAUAAUUAUUCACCUUAUGUUUAGUAGUAAUCUAAAACUUAAUAAAUUGGUAAACAGGUAAUCUAAUAUAUGAUAAUACAAAGAUUAAAAACUAUACAAAGUAAACUGAUUAAAAACAAGUGAAAAUAAAAAUAAAAGAAAUGAUAUGAAUUUGGUUCAUAUAAAUUGAGUGGAUAGACUUAAGGCUAUCUGAUAUGGGUUAGCGCCCUAGUCAGAUCAACUAAUGGCCCACCAAACACUUCCCUGUGGGUGUUAUGAACGGGGUCCAUCUCUUUAACGAGUGCCAUAACCCUAUGCAUGUGGGGGCCAUGUAAUUCCACAUCAGGUUUUUCUUUUUUGAUUUUCUUUUUUUUUUCCAAUAGUUUUUAAAGGAUAAUGGCACAUCUAAAAGUUUUCUUAAUGAUAAGUAAAUAUAUUUUUACCUCGUUUGGAUCUGACAAUAACGGUUGGCGGGGCUUAACAAAUUAAAAAAAACCAACGAGUACAAGGUAAUAGUAAGUUUAACGCCGAAUAGAAAAAAAGUAAAUAAAUAGUUACCUAGUUGAGGUCGGGCAACAACGAUUCAUGAUAAUGAGGACGAAAACCGGACACGACCUCCCCACGUUAUCAUCAUUUCCUCUCCCAUCGUAAGAAUCAGAGACAACAGGCCCCUCCUAAUAUAAACGGUGUGCUAAGUAUUUCAUAAACAAAAAAAAAAAAAAAAAAAAAAAA